AUGACGGUCCUGUGGCUUCUGCUCCAUCUCACUUCCCUGGGGCUUGGCAUCCCCCAGCCCUCGGUUCCUGGGCGCAGCUUCCAAAGGCCGGCAGUCGCCUGGCCAUCCCUCUUCAAACUCAACUUGUCCCGGGAGGUUGAGGAAACCAUCCAGAUUCCGAACAACAGCAGUGCACCCCUCCUUGUGGCCGUGCAGGUGUUCGUGUCCAAUGUUUUUAAUGUGGACAUCCUGCGGUACACAGUGUCCUCCAUGCUGCUGCUUAAGCUGUCCUGGCUGGACACUCGCCUGGCCUGGAAUGCCAGUGUGUACCCACGGCACGCAGUCACACUGCCCUGGGACUCACUCUGGACGCCCAGACUCACCAUCCUGGAGGCGCUCUGGGUAGACUGGAGGGACGAGAGCCUGCAGGCCCGAGUGCACCAGGACGGCCUCGUUGAGCUCACCCUGGCCCUCACCACGGAGACCAACUGCAACUUUGACCUCCUCCACUUCCCCCGGGACCAGAGCCACUGCAGACUUAGCUUCUACGCUCUCAGCAACAAUGUGACGGAGCUGGAGUUCCAGGUGCACGCUGUGAACGAGAUUGUGAGUGUCAAGAGGGAAUAUGUAGUUUAUGAUUUGGCAACCCAAGUCCCACCCUGGCAGCUGGUGCCCUGCUUCCAGCUGACGUUGAGCCUGAAGAACACAGCGUUAAAGUCCAUCAUAGCUCUGCUGGUGCCUGCGGAGGCGCUCCUGCUGGCUGACGUGUGUGGGGGGCUGCUGCCCCUCCAGGCCACCGAGCGCAUUGCCUAUAAGGUGACGCUGCUGCUGGGCUACCUCGUCUUCCACUCCUCCCUGGUGCAGGCCCUGCCCAGCUCCUCGUCCUGCAACCCACUGCUCAUUUAUUUCUUCACCGUCCUGCUGCUGCUGCUCUUCCUCAGCACCAUGGAGACCGUGCUGCUGGCCGGGCUGCUGGCCCGGGGCACCCUUGGGGCCAAGAGCAGCCCCAGCCCAGCCUCGAGAGGAGAACAGCGAGAUCAUGAGAACCCAGGGCCAAACCCUGAAGAAGCCCCCAGAGGCAUCAAGGGGUCUAGGAGAAGCUGGCCUGAGACUGCCGACCACAUCUUCUUCGUCAUGUACGUGGCCGGGGUGGUGUGCAGCCAAUUCAUCUUCGUUGGCAUCUGGGUAUGGGCAGCGUGCAAGUCCGACCCAGCCCCUGGAGAGGCCGCACCCCAUGGCCGGCAGCCCAGGCCGUAA